AUGGUAGCCAUGAAGCGGAAUUUAGACAUUAAUUGGAUCGACAGGAAUGUAAAUCUAUUCCUUGGACAUACAACACAUGCUGAAUACGUCUUGACACAGAGUGAGCCAACCAAAGCAAAUAUUGCCCGUCCAACUCUGGUGCCGAGAGUUGGACUGAAGUUGAUAGACUUCCCGCCUCUGUACAAGGUUACUGUCUGGGUCGAAGAGUCAAGAUUUUCUGGACACAAUGCUUUGUACAUUGCUUCUCAUCUUCACUCUGACAAUAUGCAUCGCGCAGCGCUGACCUUGCUCCUGGUGUGCGCCCUGGCGACGGCCGCCCCCGCGCCCGGCAUGAUGGGCGGCGGAAAGGGGCGGGUGAGAGGCAAGAACCAGCACAUCCUCAUCAUCCCCGUCAUGCAGGGCGGAGGCAUGAUGGGCUACGGGGGCGGCAUGUCCAUGGGCUACGGCAUGGGGGGCGGCGGCGGCGGCCUCGUCGUCUCAGGCUACGGAGGCAGCUACGGCGGGAGCCUCGGAGGAUACGGAAAGCGGUAAUCGGCGAAGGAGCCACUUCUUAUAGGGUUACUAACACUAGUCAUAUUUCGAGGCACUUUAUUUUUUAUAUCAAAAUGUUAAGAAAACUUCAAUAAACACUAACAAAAACGA